UAGAUGUCGGAGCCAACGGUUGGGAUUCUAUGCUCAGUCGUUGAAUGACUCCCCCAGCGAGAGAGACUUCGUUUUCAAUUCGAACCGUGGAAAUCGUGUAGUGGAGUAAAGUUUUUGAAGUGGAAAACUGAGAAUUGUCCCAUAAAAGCAAGUUUUCCCUCAGUUUGUACAAAGUCAGUUAAACGUAAAAUUAGUCGUAUUUCGUGGUGCCAAGCAGAGCCAACCUUGCUAGCACGAAUUAGUCCAAAGAAGUUCGAAAUUGUCCUAUGGUGUUCCCCUAAUUUUAUUCAGAAAGUUUAGAGUGUCUUCUCGCCUGCUCGCUCAACAGUCGAGAAAAAGUGUUACAGCCUUGAAGUGCAUCGUCUUCACCUUGAACCGUGACUCUUCCAGCUACCGCCUUAACCGUCCGAAAUCGUCUUCACUUAACAGGGAAAACCAGUACAAAUUAUAGAAAUAGUAAAAAGUUGCGGAGUCUUUCAAUCAUUCCAAAUUCGAAGUUUUAAAUUCUAUACAAAAUGUCUAUGUGUGGUGCGAAAAAAAUUGUUCAUUCAAUAUGUCAGACACCACGUGUAAGAAUAUGGCUGCUAAAUAAAAAUAACUACUGUAGUAAGGUCGAAUAUAAGCCCAUCCGUUCAAUCCUAGUCGCAAAUCGUGGUGAAAUUGCAAUCCGCGUCUUCCGAGCAUGUUCAGAAUUAGGAAUAAAGUCCGUUGCUAUCUACUCCGAACAGGACAAAAUGCACAUGCACCGACAAAAAGCUGAUGAAUCCUACGUAGUAGGUAAAGGCCUACCUCCAGUCGAAGCAUAUCUCUCCAUUCCAGAAAUUAUUCGCAUCUGUAAAGAAAAUCAUGUAGAUGCUGUCCACCCUGGAUAUGGUUUCCUUUCGGAACGAAGUGAUUUUGCUCAAGCCGUUAUCGACGCCGGCCUUCGCUUCAUCGGCCCCUCACCAAGAGUUGUUCAACAGAUGGGUGACAAAGUCGCUGCCCGUCAAGCUGCUAUUGCUGCUCAGGUACCUAUUGUGCCUGGAACGGAUGGCCCAAUUACCACCAAAGAGGAAGCUCUUGAGUUUUGUCAAAAGCACUCGUUACCUGUUAUUUUCAAAGCGGCCUAUGGUGGCGGAGGACGUGGUAUGAGGGUGGUUCGAAAAAUGGAGGAUGUAGCGGAGAGUUUCGAACGAGCUAGUUCAGAAGCUAAGGCUGCGUUUGGAAACGGUGCCAUGUUUAUCGAGCGAUUCAUUGAAAGACCACGACAUAUUGAAGUGCAGUUGCUUGGAGACAAGGCUGGCAAUGUGAUUCAUUUGUAUGAACGUGAUUGUUCGGUGCAAAGACGUCAUCAAAAAGUUGUCGAAAUUGCUCCGGCGCCAAGACUUCCAGUUGAAACCCGUGAUCGAAUGACUGAAGCGGCUGUGAGACUCGCAAAGCAUGUUGGAUAUGAGAAUGCAGGAACUGUUGAAUUCCUCUGUGAUGAAACUGGCAAUUUCUACUUUAUUGAAGUAAACGCAAGGUUACAAGUCGAGCACACGGUUACUGAGGAAAUUACCGGCAUAGAUCUUGUACAGUCGCAAAUUCGAGUUGCUGAAGGAAUGACCCUCCCUGAACUCGGCUACACCCAAGAAUCAAUUGAACCACGCGGCUACGCUAUUCAAUGUCGAGUCACUACUGAAGAUCCGGCCAACAACUUCCAACCGAGCACAGGUCGUAUUGAAGCCUUCCGUUCUGGCGAAGGCAUGGGUAUCCGGUUGGACAGUGCCUCAGCAUUUUCAGGAGCUAUUGUUUCACCAUAUUACGACUCCCUUCUAGUCAAAGUUAUCUCGCAUGCAUCCGAUCUCCAAGGUUCGGCAGCUAAGAUGAAUCGAGCACUGCGCGAAUUCCGUAUCCGUGGUAUCAAAACGAACAUCCCCUUCCUCAUUAACGUCCUAGAAAAUCAGAAGUUCUUGCACGGUGUUUUGGAUACAUACUUUAUUGACGAAAACCCACAGUUAUUCAAAUUCCACAAGACACAAAAUCGAGCUCAAAAACUACUUAACUACAUGGGAGAGGUUUUGGUUAACGGGCCAAAGACACCUCUUGCAACUAAACUAAAGCCUGCUAAUAUUGUACCACAUGUUCCUGAAUUUCCUCUGGAUUUAUCGCCCGAAGCGUUAGAAAAAGAAGAGCGCGGUGAAGGGACAGUAACUGAACCACCACGAGGAUUACGUGAUAUUUACCUCAAGCACGGACCCGAGGCGUUUGCCAAGGAAGUGCGAAGCCGGAAGAAUUUGUUGUUGAUGGACACAACAUUCCGAGAUGCUCACCAGUCACUGCUAGCAACACGUGUCCGCUCCUACGAUCUCCUGCGAAUCUCACCGUUUGUAGCUCACAAGUUCAAUAACUUGUAUGCUUUGGAAAAUUGGGGUGGCGCGACCUUCGAUGUAGCUCUACGCUUCUUGCACGAAUGCCCUUGGGAACGUUUGGAGCAAAUGCGUAAGAAGAUCCCUAAUAUUCCCUUCCAAAUGCUGCUCCGUGGGGCUAACGCUGUCGGAUACACGAAUUAUCCAGAUAAUGUUGUCCAAAAAUUCUGUGAUUUGGCUGUGAAAACUGGAAUGGAUAUUUUCCGAGUAUUCGAUUCUCUAAACUAUUUGCCUAACAUUAUUGUCGGAAUGGAAGCUGCCGGUAAUGCUGGUGGCAUCAUAGAAGCCGCGAUUUCCUACACAGGAGAUGUAAGCAACCCCAAUAAGACCAAAUAUGACCUAAAAUACUACACCAACCUUGCCGAUGAACUAGUCAAGGCAGGCACACACGUUCUUGCCAUUAAGGAUAUGGCCGGACUCUUGAAGCCUAUGGCAGCUAAAAUGUUAAUUUCUGCUAUUCGUGACAAACAUCCUCACAUACCAAUCCACAUUCAUACCCACGACACAUCUGGAGCUGGCGUUGCUUCAAUGUUGGCUUGUGCUGAAGCAGGAGCUGAUGUGGUUGAUGUUGCUGUUGAUUCCAUGUCCGGAAUGACUUCUCAACCUAGUAUGGGUGCAAUAGUUGCAUCUUUGCAAGGUACAACGCACGAUACCGGCUUCGAUUUACGAGAUAUCUCCGACUAUUCAGCCUACUGGGAACAAACUCGAACUCUGUAUGCACCAUUUGAAUGCACAACAACCAUGAAAUCAGGAAAUGCCGAUGUUUACAUCAACGAGAUCCCUGGAGGUCAAUACACAAAUCUCCAAUUCCAAGCUUAUUCUCUAGGUCUAGGAGACUUCUUCGAGGACGUGAAGAAAGCCUAUUCAGAAGCCAACCAGCUACUAGGAGAUAUCAUUAAAGUCACCCCAUCUUCAAAAGUCGUGGGUGAUCUUGCACAAUUCAUGGUACAAAACAAUUUGAACGCACAACAAGUGCUAGACCAAGCUGAAGAGCUAUCCUUCCCCAAAUCAGUGGUUGAGUUCUUGCAAGGUUUAAUUGGCGAGCCCUACGGGGGCUACCCAGAACCAUUCCGAUCACGAGUACUGAAAGACAUGCCACGAAUUCAAGGCCGUCCAGGUGCCAACCUUGCUCCUCUAGAUUUUGCUAAACUGAAAGAUGAGCUCCGUGAAAAACAUGGAAAUAUAAGUGAUCGUGACGUCAUGUCAGCUGCUCUCUAUCCCGAGGUUACUAAUGAAUACCUACAUUUCCGCGAAGAUUUUGGCCCAGUCGACAAGCUGCCAACAAGAAUCUUCCUGACAGGACCUAAGGCCGGUGAUGAGUUUGAUAUUCAACUAGAGAAGGGCAAAACUCUUAGCUUCAAAAAUUUGGCAAUGGCUGAGGAUCUCACAGCCAGCGGUGAACGGGAGGUGUUCUUUGAAAUGAACGGACAGUUACGAUCUGUACUGAUUAAGGACAAAGAAGCUGUGAAGGAACUCCACAUCCAUCCUAAGGCCAACAAAACAAAUGACAAAGAAGUUGGAGCACCCAUGCCAGGAAAAGUUAUCGACAUCCGCGUCAAGGUUGGCGAUUCUGUCGAAAAGGGCCAACCUCUCAUCGUCCUCUCAGCCAUGAAAAUGGAAAUGGUAGUCCAAUCACCGCGAGCCGGUGUUAUCAAAUCUCUGGACAUCACAAACGGAAUGAGCAUUGAGGGCGAAGAUCUGAUCAUAACAUUUGAGUAAAACGAAUAAACCUUGUUUUCUGUCAUAUAGGAUUACCUUUUAAUUUUUAUAAAAUAUUUUUUUUUAUAUUUCGAUUUCGAGGGAAAUUUUCGUUUCCGAUUUUUUAUCUAAUUUUAUCGCACAACAUUACAAUUAUAUGUUACUUAGGGGUGUAUCAAGUAAGAACAAAGUGAGAUAAAGCGUGAUCAUCGACCAGUUGAAAAUGUGCUUGGAAGUCUAUAUUUUGACUGUGUUAAUUCUCUUCUCUAGAACUGUAAACGUGUUGUAUAUAAUAUUUUCAGAUUGUUUUCUAAUGAUAUGGAAUAGAAAAGUUGAUAUGUUAAAUGUUUGAGUAAAUAAAACGAUGGUAUUUUAAUA